AUGAGCUACGCCUAUUCACACAAUGCGGGCGCCUCUUCCCUUCCAUCCUUCAAAACGAACUCUGCAGCUAGAUCAAGAGGUCUCUUGAACCAGGGACUGGAGAAGCUACCAGCCACGGCAAAACAAUGGAUCGCAGAAGGUGCUGCGAGCUUUCGCGCGGGGCCAUCGAAGGGAAGCAAUUUUGUCCGAGGUUUAGCGACAUCAUUCGUCAAGAGAUAUUUCACAGUCGCCAAUGCGGUCGUCUGGUUGUGGUUCUUCACUCUGUGGUGGGGCGAGCGGACAGUCUUCAAGGAGGCCAUCAACAAGUGUGUUUGGGAGAGUUGGGAAAAAUGGCCUGAAGGCGCAACGCCGCACCAUGUUGCCUUUGUCGCCGACCCGCAGCUCGUUGACCCCCACACGUACCCCGGGCGGCCGUGGCCCCUUUCGACCUUGACAGUCAAAUAUACCGACCAGUAUCUCCGACGCUCGUUUUCAUCUAUCCAAAAAGAUCUGACUCCGGAUUCCGUUUUGUUCCUGGGUGACCUGUUUGACGGUGGAAGGGAAUGGGCUACGCAGAGUACUGUCAGUCCAGAAAAGCGCUAUCGGAAGAUCAAGGAUUCGUUUUGGAAGAAGGAAUAUGGCCGAUUCAUGAAAAUCUUCCUAGAUCCAUGGCUGCAGCAGAACCCUGCUGCAGUCGAUGGACGUGGCCGCAGGAUUAUUGCUAGUCUUCCAGGCAACCAUGAUCUUGGGUUUGCGAAUGGAAUUCAAGAGCCCGUUCGCAGACGAUUUCAAAGCUAUUUUGGCAAUGGAAAUCGAGUCGAUAUAAUUGGAAAUCAUACCUUCGUCUCGGUUGAUACUGUAUCGUUAAGUGCCAUGGACCAACCCGAUCCAUUGACUGGCAGCUCCCCUUCCACCAUUGGCUCCAGCGAUCACAACGAACUACAUAUCCCCAUUUGGAAGGAACCAGGUGACUUCCUCAACAAACUAGCUAUUUUCAAAGCAAAGGCGGAGACCGAGGAACUUCGUGUGCUACAAAACCUCACAGAGGAUAUGCUUUUCAAGCACCGCAUCUUAGAACCCGGCGACGAUGCGGUGGAACAUCUCCCCGAGCCGAAAGCUGCAGGGUUUCCUACCAUUCUUCUCACACAUGUCCCGCUCUACCGCAAACCAGCCACUCCUUGUGGUCCCCUUCGAGAACGCUAUCCACCGGCUGCGCCAAACCUGGAAGUGGAUGAGCCCAACUCACUCAAGAUCGCCGGGGGAUACCAGUAUCAGAAUGUGCUGACGCCAACCAUUUCGAAUGAGCUCGUCUCCAAAGCUGGUCCGAAUGUCGUUCAAGUCUACUCGGGAGAUGACCAUGACUACUGUGAAGUUAUUCACCGGGAAUUCAACGGCUCCCCGAAUGAAAUUACAGUCAAGAGUUUGUCAUGGGCAAUGGGAGUUCGCCAUCCAGGCUUCGUUCUUACGAGCCUCUGGAACCCUAUAGAUCCUGUAACCGGCGAGUCCAUUUCCAAAGGAUCUGCCCCGAGCAUCCAAAACCACCUUUGUCUUCUCCCCGACCAGCUGGGCAUCUUUAUCCAUUAUGCCUCUGUACUAGGUCUCAGCAUCACCAUCCUGCUUCUCCAUUCCGUAUAUACCGUCCUCUUCGCCCCCCGGUCAUCCGCAAGCAACGGCUCUGUCCUCCCCCUCUCCGAGCAACGCGCUCACUCUCCUCGUCACCAGUACCAAACAUCCGGUACGUCCAGCUCUACCUUUCCAUCACUGGGUGGUCUCGCCAGCCGUGGCGGAAUCACACCCUCCCCCCGAUACCCCGGCGCCAAGGCAUACCACGAUACUUAUCGCGGUCUAGGUGGUGACGACGUCGUGACCAACUCGAAAGACAAGGGCCUCUUCCACCCUGCCCGUGCGACAUCCGGUCUUCGUGGAAAAGCGGACCUUGUCGCCCGGCAUUUUGUUCACUCAGUCAAGGUCGUCUCUAUAGUCGUGUUGACCACAUAUUUCGUUAUGAUCUGGCGCUGGUAG